GGGGAAAGUGGCGGGCCCCUCUAGCCUACCUGCCACUGAAGUGACUGUGUCUGACGAUGACUUGGAACCCAAGUCAGCGCAGCCGAGUGGCAGCAAGCUUUCGCUGUUGAGGAAGCGGCGUGCAUCGCCAACCGAGGCUGCCGAUGUGUCCAUGGUUCGUCCUCCGAGCAGAGCAAAACGGAAAAAAACAGACCAAGCUAUCUGACAGGUACUUCCUCUCGAUAAACCGCACGACAGUCCCUGCAACUAGGUCCUCCAGCAGAUCCACAAAAAAGGAAUUGUCGCAGACUCACGUGGACACUCAUUUCAUGGAGGACUCACUUUUCUCGAUGCAGAGGAAGCACGUCGACCCAGACGAGACGUUUGUUUCACCCGAACUUCUGCAAGGUUUCAAGACGCCAGUUUUGGCCACAGUUUCGGGCUCGCCAGGUGCUCUGGACAAUGGUGGCACCACUGAAGUCAAACAAGAUUCAGACAAUGCUGGAGGCAACCGUGCUGAAGAAGCCAGCAGCAGCAGCCAAGAGGAGCCGAUCAAGUAUCACAACAGUCCCGUGCGCAAGAGGGCGGAUCGCCAGCGGCUACCGGCGCACGACUGCAAGGAGUGCCAGGAGUUCUACGGCCGGCUGGCCUUACCCGAAGCCCAGCGCAAGGAUCUGCUGCGCAAGUGCUCGCGCCACCGGGCCCACUACGCUCCUCCGUCGACGCCCGAGAACUUUUGGGAGCUCGAAUUUCCGGACACGCAGGAGUGCCGAGAGAGGGGUUACCUGAACGCUACGCAAAAGUACGUCUUUGGCUCCAAAGGUCUUCGUAAGGAUGGCCGGAGGUGAAUGUGCGGAUCUACCUGAGAUAGUCCACCGAAGUUGUUCCAGUUGGGUAAAAAAUGGAAGACAAAAGUGCUUACCCGUCCAUGACACAGGCACAUGAUCCUGAUUGAUCAAUGCCUUGUCAUAACAUAUUAUUGAGGCACCAUCGAUUAAAUCAAGUAUGGAUGAGAUAUAUGGCUACUCGUUAGGCUGUCUUUGGAAGAACAGCUUUACUUUCGUUUCUUACGUCAUUUUUAAACCUUCGUGUAUUAAUUUUCGAAUAUCCCUUCUCUUCCAGCAAUCUUUGACACGUCAUUCAAAGGAUAUUCCGAGAUAUGUUGUAAAGAUAUUAAAAUGACAACAGCGCUGCUGAUCGUUGCACUCAUGUAAUAUACUGAAUUAAAAUUAUUAAAUGUUGUGGU